AUGAGAAUACAAAUUUUGGAGGAAUCAGAUUUAGUCUAUGGAGACUACGACAAACGAAUCAGGCCGCGGAUCAACCAGUCACAGAAAAUUAAAGUCAAUACCACGUUCGUCCCACAGAGCGUGCUAGAGUUUGACACAUCUGAACAAAAAUUCUCCGUCCUUGGCUACUUCCGUGUGGAAUGGAAAGACGAAGUGAUAACGUGGACACCUAAGGACUAUGCUGAAACAAACUACAUCAAAGUACCAAUCAGCGAAAUUUGGACGCCAAGUCUAAUCAUUUUAAAGGCUUUUGAUGGAGACGGCGUUGUUGGAAGUUCUAAGACAGACAUUUCAAAAAUCUGGUCUGAUGGCUCUGUUCAGUGGGUUCCUGAAGGCAUAUAUAGUGUUGUCUGUCAUGUGGACAUCAAAUAUUAUCCAUUCGACGAGCAGACAUGCACAGUUACAUAUUACGUGUCAGACGAAACCAUAGCAACCGUUAUGUUAGACCACCCAAGUGACGUCACAUUAGACGAGUAUACCGAAAAUUCAGCAUGGAAGAUCACCAGUCUUUCAAUAAAGCGUUAUCUGCUAUAUAACACUUAUCAUUUAGAUGUGGAAUUCAAACUUCAACGGAGAGCAAACUUCGCUACAUUUACUCUGAUCAUGCCUUUACUUAUGUUGGCCUUCCUUAAUAUCUGUAUAUUCUUGGUCCCUGUUGGGUCUGGUGAGAAAGGUUCAUUUGCCAUCACUAUCUUUCUCUCGUACGGUAUCUUUGUUACAAUCGUCAGUGAUACCCUGCCAGAUAACUCCCUCCAAAUAUCCUACUUCCUUUUAUUUAUCAUCGUCCUAUUGUUUAUGAGUGUCCUGUCAGUUCUCUACACUAUCAUCCAGGCAAAACUGAUGGCGAGCAUCGGUGAUAAAGAAUGUACCAUCAACUGCCUUCGUUCUAAGAAGCGUUCCACAAAUAAGCUCAUGCCAUUUGAUCCGUUAAGGGGAUAUGCGGACGCUGAAAACGAUCCUGCGGUGACUUCUGUAGGCAAAGUAGACGAACCUGAUGGUUCAUACACGUGGGGAAGGUUUUUGGAAAAACUUGAUGUGAUUCUGUUUAUAAUUUUCUUUGCACUGAUUCUUCUCUCAACAGCUGGAUUUUUCAGCCUGAUGCUUCAGAGGGUCAGUGAAUCAAGUUUGAGUGAGAUAUAG